AUGAAUUGUGCGGAUGAUGCUAUUUUAAUGGCUGAAAACGAAGAUGAUCUACAACGUCUGCUAUAUCGAUUCCAAACAACAGCCGAUAAAUUCAAUAUGAUUAUUUCAUUGAAGAAAACGGAAUCGAUGGUCAUCUCUCGGGAACCUAUCCGAUGCAAAUUGGCCGUCAAUGACAAACCCAUCAAACAAACCUUGCAAUGUACAUAUUUAGGAGUAGAAAUAUCCAGCUGCAAGAACUUGUAUCAAGAAGUACGGACUCAGACGAAUAAAGCAUCCCGAAUAUCUGGAUGCUUAAGACAAAUAAUAUGGAAGAACAAACAUAUGGCAGCAGAAAGUAAAGUCCGUAUAUACAAAACGGCUGAAGGGCCAAUAUUAACAUACGCAGCAGAAACCCGUGCUGAAACUUCCAAAACCAAAUCUAUGAUGAGAAGUACAGAGAUGAAAAUCCUAAGGACAAUAUAG